AUGGCUUCUAUCGUGAAUAACGAGGUCCAGCUUGUUGCUGAAGACCAUGUUGACGUGACCGACAGCGAAGCUGAUCUCCAGAGUAUUCAAUCAGAGACGACGAGCAUCAAGGCAUCCAUGCUCGAGUGGCGCCAAGAAAAUGGACGAACUUAUCAUAAGUACAAGGAUGGCAAAUACCUCGUUCCCAAUGAUGAGACAGAGCUCGAUAGACUUGAUAUGCAGCAUGAGAUCUUUUAUCUCACUUGGGAUGGAAAGCUCGGCAUAACCCCUCCAUGUGAGCCUGGCGCAAAAGUUGGUCGUGUUCUCGAUCUCGGCACGGGUACUGGAUUAUGGGCGAUCGAUUUUGCGGAUCUACAUCCUGAAGCCGAAGUGCUGGGCAUGGACCUUUCUCCUGUACAGCCGUCAGACGUUCCGCCUAAUGUGAGAUUCGAGAUUGAUGAUAUCGAGGAGGAGUGGCUUUAUUCACAGCCAUUCGACUACAUUCACAGUCGAAUCAUCACGGGCGGCAUCAGCGACUGGAAGAAGAUGAUCAAGAAGGCCUACGACCACCUCACGCCCGGCGGAUGGUACGAGAUACAGGAGUCAGACAUGUCCCCAGCCGCCGACGAUGGAACACUGCCCCCCGAGAAGGCAUUGUCUAGAUUCGGCGCCCUGAUUCGCGAAGCUUACGUGGAGAUGGGUGUGCCCCUGGUCCAUGUUCCUGAUCUGAAGGACGUCCUCACAGAGGUCGGGUUCGAAGACGUGGAGCUGACCGUCUUCAAGUGGCCUACGAAUCCUUGGGCCAAGGACCCCAAGUACAAGAAGAUCGGGGAGUGGAAUUACCACAACUUUGGUGGCGCAGUUGAGACUGUCUCCCUGGCGCCAUUGACCCGGGUGCAUGGCUGGACCAAGGAGGAGGUGCUGGUGUUCGCCGCCGAGGUGCGGAAGGACCUUCGGGAUCCGAAGGUUCACUCUUACUUUCCCAUCUACACGCUUGUUGGAAGGAAACCGUUGAAGGCAGCAACGCCGGCCGAGACUUCCGCUUCGCCUUAG